AUGGAUGAGUUUAACUUCGAACUGGAAACUGCGGUUGGUGUAUUGGUAGCUGUUGUAGUUAGUUGGUUCAUCUAUUGCUGGAUCUUUGGCAAGGAUAGCUGGGACCAAUAUGGCGUCAAGCAGGUUAGCCUGGGUAGGCUUGCAUUUUCUGAUUUUAGGGCCAUCUCCUCAGCUUUGGUGGCCAAACACGGCGACACCGUUGGCCUCAAAUUUGGCCGGAUGGUGCUGGUGACGCGUGACCUUGAUCUCUUGAGACACGUCAUGUCCAAGGACUUCAACAACUUCGUGGACCGGAUGGGCGUGCUGACCACCACCAGCGUGAAGGAGGACGGCCUGUUUUUCACACACGCCAAAAACUGGAAGCGGAUCCGUCACGUGAUGUCACCGUCCUUCAGUACAGGGAAAUUAAAGCAAGCUUGCUCAAACAUCGAAGAGUCGGCCCAAAAAUUGGCCACAGUUUUGGAGGAGUUUGCCAGGAACCAGACGCUGUUGCCAGUAAAGCACAUCACGUCCCAGUACACGAGUGAGAUCAUUGCCAGGUCCGCUUUUGGUUUGAGGACAGACUGUCUGGGGAAGGACGACGACGAGUUCACUUACUACGCCAAGAAUAUUUUUACAGUCCGUAGCAAACUCCAGGACGUGAUGCUACAGGUUGUUGUACGCUGGAAGCGGCUCCAUGUUUACCUGGUCAAGACCCUAGGUAUCAGCUGUCUUGAUAUCAUCAACAAAAAAACAGACAAGUACUUCCGCACUGUGUUAUCGCCUAUCGUGGCACAAAGGAUCGUAAUGGAGAAACAAGGGGCCAGGAAACCAACGGAUCUGCUACAGAGUCUUGUGGCUGCUAAACUUGCGGGGGAUGAAGAGGCAGCCACUUUUAAACCCGAUAUGACAGAGCACCAGACUUGGGAAAAACUCCCCAAAACGUUGUCGGAACGAGAACUACUGGGACAAGCACUUUUAAUUAUAUUUGCGGGGUUUGAAACUACAUCGAUGACAUUAAAGAUGUGUCUCUAUCUGUUGGCCAAACAUCCAGACAUACAGGAGAAACUUUACGCAGAGAUCUGCUCCGUCGUGACCUCAAAUUCCCCGACCUACGAAGAACUGAGUCAGCUGACCUACAUGGAACAGGUCAUCAACGAGACUCUCAGACUUUUCCCUCCGGUUCUCAUCAUCAACAGAACGGCAGCGGAAACUAGAACAUACGGUCACGUGACAAUCCCCAAGAACGCCGUUGUGAUGAUUUUGAUCGAAGAGAUCAUGAAAGACCCCAGAAAUUACCCCGACCCCGAAAGAUUUGAUCCCGACAGAUUUUCACCAGAGAACAGCAAACACCGUGACCCCAUGACCUUUCUACCGUUUGGUUACGGCCCUCGUCUAUGUAUCGGCAUGAGGCUGGCGUACCUCGAGCUCAAAAUUGGACUCGUCCAUGUGUUGAGGAAGGUCAAGGUUGAGCUCAAUGAAAAAACUGUACCGCCGAUUGGAGGAGAUGUCAUCACGAAAUUUCAGUUUUUCAUCGUCGUUGAGACGCCUAUUCAACUGGAAGUAAAACUAAGAAACAAACAGAAAUAAAUGAAUAGGCCAAUUAUGUUUAUUUACGAUAAAAAUAAUUUAACUUUGAUACCCAAAAUCACAUCAAUAUUCACAUUUAACUAUAAUGUAUUUCAAUAUACAUUUGAAAACUACAACAUCGACAGAAUGUGUCUUUGAAAUUGUUGGCUCAUCCCGAAGAUCACUUGUAUGUUUGUACGAGUAUUUCGUAGGUAUCUAUUUUUUCCUUCCAUCCACGAUCCCUAUUUAGUUACAACUAUAUUAGCAUUUUGUUUUCUUUAUUAAAACACCUAAAUGCACCGCUGUAUAACUUUCAUGUAUUUAAAAAUUAUAAGUCUAGUCCUACACGAUUAUACAUUCAAGUUUUGGUGAUAUGUAGCACCAAUAUAGUUUUGUGAUUUUAAACUAAUUAUCGCAUUUUUAAGGUAAUGCUAGCCUAAUGAGUAGUUUUUGUUUAGUGUGAUUUAGUUAGACUUAAGAAAUUGUUACUUUUUAAAGUUUAGAUAGCGAUUAUAUUAUUGUUCCAUCGAUUUAUGUUCAAU